AUGUACUGCUUAAUUCUCAUUGAAUAUUUCAAAGAGAGAUCAAGAGACUUUAUUGAAUUUAUGAAUGAGAGUUAAACAGAAAUAAAUAGCACCAUAAUUAUGAUCAUCUUUUCAUUUCAGAGGAUAAGUUUAUUAUUCGAUUUUGAUAAAUUUGCCGAUAAACCAUACAUUGAUUUUAAAUUGCAAAUUCUAUAACAAUUAUUUAAUUGGUUUACACUUUAAACUCCAAUCUAAAUAAUUGAUAGUUAAAACCUAAACUAAAUUAUAUCAUACAUAAUUUGUAUUUAUUUAUGGUUGAUCAUCAUAAUAAUAUUUACAAAGUUAAAAUUAAAAUAUACAUUAAAAAGCUUCUUUACUUAUUACUAAUUAUUAGUACUCAUGCCAAUUAUUAAACAUUUAAACAAUCAAAUAUAAAAAGAGGAAGAUCUCAUUAUUAGUAUAAUUAAUUUUAUCGGCAUAUUUAUAUGCUACAUUCUCUAUUUUUUGGUGAAUAGAAACUACUAUUUACCUUAAAGAAAUGAAUAUCUAAAGAGAUAUUCAUAUUUCAAUGUUGUGUUGAUAGUUAGUGAUAUUGGUUUAAUGAUAAUGAAAUCAAUGGUUAGUGAACUUAUUUACUCAGUUUUAUUAGUGCUUUUGUUUUUACUAUUUAUUAUUGACUCUUUUAUAAUUCAGCCUUAUAGUAAUGAAAUCAAUUUUAAAUAUGUAAGUGCAACUUCAUUAAUGUUUUUUGUCUCUCUUGUAAAAAUAGUAUCAUUUGAAAUUGCUUAAACUGAAGUAUUUUAUUUUAUUUUGUUACUUUCAUCAUCAUCAGUUAUAAUAAUCAUAUAAGUGUAUAAAUAAUAAAUUAGCAAAUAAAUAUAUAAUUCAACCAUGACUCUAGAAAAGAUGUUAGCUAUAAUUGAUAUUUUAAGUUAAACUAAUACAAAUUCAAUUUAUUUGUAUUCAAUAUUAUGUCAUAUUAAAUAUAAAUAUGGUAUUUGGGUUGAAAAUGACAAUUUUUCUUUAAAAAUCCAAUAAACUGUAUUGAAUAUAAUGAAUUUAGCAAUUGAAUAAAUAAAAACAAAGGAUUGGAUUAUAAUAGAAAAUUUGCAACUUUAUAAAAUAAUGUAUAUCAUUAAUGCAUGCAAGAAAACACAAUUAGGUUAUAUAGAACUGAAAUAAUAUAUGACUAAUUCAUAAAAGUAAUCUUUUUAUUUCUUAGUUAUUUCUAAUAUUAUGUAAGAAAAAAUGUCAGAAAAAAAGAAGUAACUUUAGAAUGGAGAUUAAGAGAAGAAAUUAUAAUUAUCUGACAUUCGUAAAGCUGAAUUGUUAUAUGAAGAUAAUUUGAAUUUAAUGAUUUAAAUAUUAGACACAAAAAUUAAAUUUUGGAUUGAUUUAGAUAAAGGAUAUUAGAGAAUUGAAGAUUUUGCUAUAUGUACUUAUAAUUUAAGUGAGAAGAUUUGGAAAUUAAGAGAUAUAUUUUUUAAUUGGUUUGCCAUUUAGCCUAUGAAAUUAUAAACAAGAUUAGUACAUUUCAAUAUAUUAGAAUUAAAAUUAUUAUCUAUUUUAUAUUCAGCUGUUUUAAAUGAUUAUCAUGCUACUUUGGAUAUAGAAUAAAGAAUAGAUGAAAUUAUGUAAUUUGAAAGAAAUAUACAAACUGAUAAUGUGAAUAAUUUAACAUUAUUUAAUGAUGAUUUAGUUAUGAUUGCUACAAGUUUUGCAAAAUAAAAGAGUUUAAUCUUAAAUAAAAAUAGAGGAUAAUUGGCUUAGUUUUUUGGAUAUAAGGAUGAAAAGGAUUUCUAAAAUAUAUUAUAUAUAGAAUAAUUGAUGCCAACAUAUAUUUAAUAAAUUCAUGAUAAAAUUAUAUUUAGAUAUAUGAAAAAAGGAUAUUCAUUAUUGAUUGAACAUUCUAAAGAAGUUUAUGUUAAAAUGAAAAAUAAUUUCAUAAAAGCAGCAAAUAUUAGUCUAUUACAUAUGUUUGAAAAAGAUUCUGAUUAUAUUAUUACAGGUGCAUUAUAAAAAGUUAAAUAGAGUUAUGAUUUCCUUAUUUUUGAUCGUCGUGGUAAGAUCUUAGGUAUAAGUGAAUAACUCUUUAGCAUUUUAGGUCAAGGAUUCACUUUGGAACAGUUAUUAAAUAGAGGAUUUGUAUAUUUUUGGUUUUAGAGUAUAUUUCAAUAAAUUAAUGAUGAUAAGGAAUUAUUAUUGUAAUAAACUGAAUUUUAAGCAAGAGGAACACCUAAAUCUUUUAUAGUAUCUCCUAUAAAUAAUUUCAAUUAAUUAUGUUAAGAUCAUGAUUUUAGCAGAGCCAAUAGUACUGUUAAAAAUCAUGAAUCAUAAAAUUAUUUUACUGAAAAUAAUGACACAGAACAAUAAAAUUAUUUAACUUAUGGUAAUAUAAAUUCUAUUCAUUUUUUAAAAGAUUAAAAUAUAUCAUUUAUUAAUGAUUUUUUAUAAAAGUUUAAUUAAUCUAGAUAUAUUGAUUAAGAUACUCAAUAUUCAAUCAAAUAUUAGUUGUAAUUCUCUGUUUUAGGUGGUGAUAUCCUUCCUUAAUUUGUAUUGUAAAUUAAUGAUAUUGAAAAACUAAAUAAGAAAAAGUCUGUCAAUCAUCCAUCUACUAGUUAUUAUAGUACAAUUAAAAAAACACUUCCAAGUGAUCCCUUUAAUGAAUCUGAAUUCUAAUUAGAACAUGAUGUAAAUGAUAAUGUUAUAAGUUUCAACCCUCCAAUUAUAAAUAAAAUCAAUCAAGCACACAAUCAAGAUAUAGAUGAAACUCAGAAAAAAUAAUCAUAUUUAAAUGAAAGUCAAUAAUAACAAUAAUUGGUUUCUCCUAGAGGAAAUAAAGAAAUCCUAAUCAAUGUAGACUAUGAAGAAGAAGAAGAAGAUGAUCAAAAAUAAGUGUAUGAAAAUGCUAAGAGUAGCUCUUAAUAAAAUUAAAAUAAAUAAAAUGUUGAAGAGGUAAUAUAAUAAUAUAAAGAAAUGGAAUUAGAAUUUAAAGACAAUGCUAAAUAGUCUUAAUCUAGUGCCACAUCUGAUAGAACAUAAAUGUCUGUAUUUAAUAUUCUUAGAAAUUUACAAUAUACUUAACGAUAUUAAACAACUCUUAUUAAAGUGUUUAUCAAUACAAUGUUCCUUUUUCUUAUUUUACUAUUUUUAGUAAUUCUUGAAUUAAUUAUUGCAAGAAGUAAUACAAAUAAUCUAUAAUAUUAAAUUCCUCUUGUCAGAUUACCAGAUAAAUUUAAUAGAUUAUAUUGUACAUUUACUGUAUUAGGAUAAAUAGAUUUAGAAAUGAGAUUACUUAGUUUUAAAUAUGGAGAUUAUUAUGUCUAUAGAAUUCAAAAAGAAAGCAAACAAUUAAGAGUAGAAUUAUUAGAUUUAAUUGUUGAAAUAGAAUAAGAAUUCUCUAUUCUAGAUUAACAAGGAAAGUUGAACAAGGCAGAAAUUAAAAUAGUUAAUUAAUUUGUAUAUUAAGUUUAAAAUAUUUCCUUUUUGUAAUUUAAUUAAAUGGUCAAUGAAUAUACUGAUGCAUUAGAUACAUUACUUGAUGAGACUGAUGAUUUAUCUGUAACUAAUUAAUAAAUAAGACUAUUAUUCUUAAAGGCAAAUCUAAAUAAUUUAAUUGAUUUUGUAAGCAAUGUAGUAGAAAAUAUUGUGAGUGAUUUUUUUGCAAAUAUUGAUAAUUAUGAGUUUUUAUAUCUUGUUUUUUUAUUUGUUUAACUAUUGAUUAUCAUUGUAGCUGUAUUACUUUAAUUUAAAUUAUGGACAGAACCUUAUGUCUAUAAAUAGAACAUACUUUUAAUGAUUUGUAGAGUACAAGAGAAAGAUGUAGAAUUAUUAUUAUUGAAAUAUAAAUCAUUUAAGGAUGUAUUAAUUAAUGAUAUUAGUAAAUGGAAAUAGAUUAAUUAUUUUAAAGAAUUUUUCACUUGUAGAAUAUCUCAAAUAAGAAGAAUCUAAAAAAUUGCUCAUUAACAUCAAGGUGAAAAAAAAUAAUAAAAGUUAUAAUAAAGAGCUAAAUUAAAUUAAAGAAUUUAGGAAACUCAAUAUUCUAUCUUACAUAUCUAUUUAAUGUUAUUCUUUUUAUGGUUUAUAUUAACAUCAUAUGUUUUAUCAUCCUAUUUAUUUUAAGAUAUCAAUAUAACAGAUUCAUUCCCUGAAUUAAAUUUAUGUAUGUAAUUUGUUAGAUUUAAAUAAAGAUUUGAUAGUUGUUUAAUCAUUAGUUAAUUAAUUAAAAAUUAGUUCUUAUUAGGUGAAUAUUAAAAAAAGAGUGGUAUUUAUUAAAAAAAUCCAGAAUAUCAUAAAACAAAUGGAUUUUUUUAAGAGAAUAAUAAAAUUUUAUUAGCUCAAUUUAAGAAUAGCUUAGAUUUAUAGAAAGAAUAAUAUAAUUCAAUUUAUGAUAAUAUAGUUGCAUCAAAGAAAAUUAGUGAUUAUAAUAAAAAUCUAUUGUUAGGUCUUUUUUAAGAUGAUCUUUGUGAUUAUAUAGGAGAUUAAUUACCUUUUUGUUUUUAUGAGAAUGGUAAAUUUCAAUACUUUUAAGAUUUUCCUAAGCCAUUGGAGAUAAAUAACAAUAGAGAACAUCUCAAAUAAGGAUUUAAUGGAUUAUAUUAAGAGUAAAAUUAAAUAUAAAUAUUGUAGAAUUUAAGCACUUUUUUCAAGUAAAUUUGUAAAAGAAUUAAAUGGGGAAUUAGAAACUGAUGCUGAUGAAAUUAUUCAUUUUUUGGAAACUAGUGAAAAUAUAUAAAUAUUGAUGCCAUAUUUUUUUGAUUUAAAUAAAGCAAUAGUAGAAUUUUAUUCAACCAUAAUAACGACAUCUGUUGAUAUUUUAGAAACAGAUUAUUAAAAUUAUUUAAUCUAUUAUAUAAUUUUUGGGAUAACAGUUUCAGGUAUUUUAUUUUCUGUAGUGAUAUUUGCAACUAGAAAAUUAUAAAGAUAAAUUAGAGCAAUUAGAUAAGCAUUAGUAUUGUUACCACAUGAAAGUUUAUUAGAUGUAUAAGUGUAUAAUGCAAUAAAGAGAUUUGAGUAAAAGAUGUGA